AAAGGGGAGCCCGGUGAUACUGGAAACAGAGGUUUGUUUGGGCCUACUGGAUUAAUAGGUUUGCCAGGAAACGUUGGAACACCUGGUCAACCAGGUUUGCCUGGAAAUGUAGGUUUAUCUGGUGUUCAAGGGGCUCCAGGUGCAUCUGGGCCGACUGGCAUUCCGGGAGUCUCUGGUCAACCUGGUUCAUCUGGACUACCAGGUACAACAGGCAAUAAAGGUGUUCAAGGAGACAGUGGCUUUCCAGGCCAACCUGGCCUACCUGGGCCUUUGGGAAAUUUUGGCCAGCCAGGUCCUACUGGACCUCCUGGGAACGUAGGUAUGGCUGGAAAUACGGGUUUUCCUGGUUCACCUGGCCAAUCUGGAUUACCAGGACAAUCUGGUUUUCGCGGAAACACGGGAUUCACUGGAGCA